AUGAAAAGCUUUAAAGCUGCAGAUAAGACAAUUAAUUUCCUCGCUGUUCUAACUCAGUUCAGCACCAGAAGCUUAAGAAAACGAAUCAAAAGAGUUCAAAGGAGCUUUAUCGCGAGGCAGCUCAAAUGCUUGGAAUGUCUUGUGAGUUUACCGAGAAUUGUAGGUGCUUGGAUUGCCAGAGCCGAUACUUUGACUGUGAUGAUGACGAUGAUGACUCUGAUACCUUUUCAAAUUUUUCUGCUGUCGUCGAUGCCGAAGAUUUUUGCACACGUGUCGAUAAUGAUGAGACGCUUUAUUAUUGUAAUGGUGAUGGAUUUUGCACCUACGGAAAUGGAAUAUGUGACAAUGCUGAUAAUGAGUAACAAUAACAGAGUUUCAAAAUGCUUGUUAUGGGACUAAUCACUAAUUUCAUACAUCGGAUGCUUUGGAUAAUCGUUAGAUGCGACAAUGGAGAUUAAUGAAAUCCUGAAGUUACAUACAUGGUUCCCACUGCCUUAAAAAUAAUUUAAGACACGAGAUUUAUGAUGUUAGGAAUCAUUAACCAUUGAGAUAUUCAUAAUGAAUUUAAUUUGACGUUUAAUUCCGCAACCCCCGAAAACUAAAUUAUACUGAUAAUGAAAAUGUUGUGAAGUAAAUAAAGAACAAAAAAAAAAACGAUAAUUCUAGCUGUGGAAAUUGCAA